UCAACACUGUCUCCUUGUUCCUUGAUGACAUCAGGGUUAGUUAGUCACUUAUCAACCGUCACUGUCACCGACUAGGCACAUCAAGUCAAUCAUCAUCAUCAUAAUGGGGAGGGGGGGCGCGCUAAAACUGAAUACAUAUAAUUGAGCUGUACGAUCGAAGCCCCGUCUAUCUUGCUAAUAAUUUCGCCCCAAAUAAUCACGCAAAUUUCUAAUCGACCACAUAAUUAUAAAAUCACAAAAAUCAAAUAUCAAAACUCCCAUACGGUACACGGUACACAGUACACGGUAGAAGAUACGCAGUAUACAGUGAUUCUGGACAAAACCCUUUUAUUAUUGACAGUUUUGUGAACAAUGUUUUUCAAAUAAGAAAACAUUUUAAAAAAAAACUAUUUUAAAAAAGGCAUGUGUUAAAACUGACUUCUCUUUUGAUCUGUAAGAACUGGUUGAAGGACCGCAACCUCCCAGCCGUACAGAUCGUCGACCAAGACAAGUUCCGGGCCGUCAGCUCAAACGCUACACUACGCCUGAGGAAAGCUAAAGGUAAAAAAAAAUGUAAUUUAAACCAUCUUAGCAUUUAGAUUUCCUCUAUUCAAUGCCUCCUCUAUCCAAUGUCUCCUCUAUUCAAUGACUCCUCUAUUCAAUGACUCCUCUAUUCAAUGACUCCUCUAUUCAAUGACUCCUCUAUUCAAUGUCUCCUUUAUUCAAUGACUCCUCUAUUCAAUGACUCCUCUAUUCAAUACUCACUCCUCUAUUCAAUGUCUCCUCUAUUCAAUGUCUCCUCUAUUCAAUGACUCCUCUAUUCAAUGACUUCUCUAAUCAAUACUUGUCCAUUCAAUGUCUCUUUUAUUCAAUACUCCUCUAUUCUUAUAAUCGUUUUACUCGAACAAGCUGAAAUGUGACCUCAUACUCCCCCCCCCCUUUUUCUCGAGAUGCAACCACCCUAAACUUAGAAGACCUUGCAUUCAUGAGCGAAUACAUAUUGAGGUCAAAGACAUGGGUCAGAGCUAUGGGGAAUGGGGGAAAAAAAAAGGGGGGGGGGGGGGAAAAACAAAAAGGUUUUUUUCCAAAGACUUUUUGAACCUGCCCUUUUAAUUGUAGAAGGGGGGGCAGAACCUUAAAUUUUUUUGCAGCUCCCUGGGUUACAAAUGGCUUUAAGCCUGAAUGGGGAAAGGGGGAAAAAAAAAGGGGGGGGGGGGGGGGUAAAACAAAAACGUUUUUUUCCAAAGACUUUUUGAACCUGCCCUUUUAACUGUAGAAUGUGGCGCAGAACCUUAAAUUCUCUUGCAGCUCCCUGGGUUACAAAUGGCUUUAAGCCUGAACAUUGCGUCGGGAGGUAAGGGGUAGACGGCCCCACUAACUUUCUUAUCAAUACACACCCUUUAAGACAGGAGGCGGUACUUCCAAGGUCAUGUCUAUGAGACAGUGGUAGUUUUUGUCAUCUAAAGGGCGUUCAUGUAAUACUGCCAGUGGUCACGUGACAAGAAGGACUUUUUUAAACGACAUUUAAAGUCAUCAACGAAUGUGGCGCCACAAAAAUGUGUUCAUGCAUUUUGUUGUUGUUGUCGUCCCAUGGGCAGUGCUCCAACACCAGGUCACAGAGAUCAGCGCCUACUUCUCGUCUCAGUUGAAGAAAGCCGAGAAGGAACGAGAGAGAAGGCGGGACGAGCAGGCCUUCAACGGCGUCGACCCCCACGAGACGCUGAGCUCCCUGUUCGACGAUCUGAGUCGGCCCAGCUCCCCCGAGCUGGUUGCGUCCCCCCACCACCCAGAGGCGUGCCCGCGCACCAGCUCCGUCGAUGACAAUGGAGGUGGG